AUAAACGUCAAAAAUUAAUCUUUAAAAUGUCAGUUUAAGUAAAGAUAAUUACUUAAAAAUGGCUUAUUACUGGAUAUCGGGUUUUUUCUUUAGAAUCGUGUUUCCAUCUUUAAUAAUUUUUGUUUUGUACUUACGGCCCACGAUAACAACUUAUAUUUAUUUGUUGAUGGCCCUCUACAUGCCCUUUUUCUCGGUGCCUAGCCCAGUGUCAAUGGCGCGAGAAACGGGAGUUUAUGUUAAGAUGUUUGUUGUUGUCAGUUUGCUGACAUCUUUGUCCGUUUUCGGUUUGUUUUUCAUCCUGUUCUUCCCACGGACGACCGGCUACGAAAUAGAGAAUUGCAGCUUCAUGGAGACAGCUCUGCGUACAUAUGGAGUUAUUCAGUUUCGUGACUUGCCAAGCGGAAAUACUGCUAUACAGUGGUUAUUACCAGUUAUUUUUCAAUAUUUCUGCUAUGAACUGCUCAUCAUGUUCGACGACUGGGAAAUGUUCGGCAGGAGGUUUAGAGGUCGCGAAGCGUUACCAGCUUCAUUAAAUGACCUUCGCUUGGCUCUUAAAGAAGAAUAG